CGGGAGCUCGCCCCUGCGGAUCCCAUGCUGCGAAUUCGGAUGGUGUCUGGGGAAGAGCUUCCUCCGGUCUCCGAUAUGGUCAUUUCGGGUUGGGACUUGAAGUGUCGCUUGCGCGAGAAGCACGGAUUCCCAAUCUCCUUGCAGCAGCUUGUACGUGAUGGCAGCUGUUUGGACGAUGAUGCCAACGUCCACGCACCAGCCGAGCUGCAACUGGUAGUGUUGGCCGGCCUCAACGACUGUCGAUUAGCCAACGAAGAGCUGGUGCUGUACGCUGCGAAUGGAGGCCAUGUUGAAACCGCUCGACUUUUGCUUCAAGCGGGUGCUGACAAGAACUAUCGCAGAAGAUCGCAUUGGAGUUCCAACGAGUCUGGCAGAACGCCACUCACUCGAGCAGCCUGCCGUGGUCAUGCCGGGGUUGUGCGUCUACUGCUUGACUUGGGUGCUGAGAAAAACGAGACGAAUGAUGGAGUAGACGAUCCCGCUCUCAUGGCUGCAGUUUCUCGCGGCCACCUUGAGAUUGUCCGGCUGCUGCUGGAGAAUGUUGACAAGAACUCGCAAGAUGGUUUGGGCAUGACCGCUCUCAUAACCGCAGCCGCAUACGGCCAGACCGAGAUCGCCCGUUUGCUGCUGGAUGCUGGUGUUGACACAGACUUGUGGGAUCGUUGCCAGCGAACGGCCCUCAUGCAUGCAGCCUCAAGCGGCAACACUGAAAUCGCCAGUCUCCUGGUGGGUGCCCGUGCCAACAUGAAUUUGCAGGGUGGUCUUCGUAACUCAACAGCUCUUAUGGACGCAGCCUCAAACCGCCACACUGAAAUUGUGCGACUUCUUGUGAGUGCUGGUGCUGACAUGAGUAAGCAAGGGGAUGACAACCAGACAGCUCUCAUAGCUGCAGCAUCCAGCGGUGCCAUUGAGAUUGCUCGGCUCCUGCUGGAUGCUGGCGCUGCCACAGGUGUGCAGAAUAGCAAGGACAAGACAGCUCUGACGGUUGCAGCGUCUGAAGGCCACACUGAGGUGGUGCAUCUUCUUGCAGGUGCUGGGGUGAACAGGCAGGGUCGCAAUAACGAGACAGCUCUCACAGCUGCAGCUGCUUGUGGUCACACGGAGAUUGCCCGUCUCCCCGUGGAUGCUGGUGCUGACAUGAUUUGGCAAAGAGGUACGGAAGAGACAACUCUCAUGGCUGCAGCUUCUAGUGGUGACGCUGAGAUUGCCAGUCAUCUUGUGCAAGCUGGAGCUGACAUGAUCUCGCCAGGAGGCGCGAAAGAGAAGACUCUCGUAGCAGCUUCUUACGGUGAAACUCAGAUUGCCCGUGUCCUGGUGGAUGUUGGCACUGGCAUUGACUUGCAAGAUCUUCAUGAUGAGACGUGUCUCGCUGAGCCGCCCCGUCUCUUAGCCAGGGCAUGUGCCACACGGGAUCCAGCCACUAAGGUCGUACGUUUGCUUGUGGAUAUUGAUGCCGACAAGCAUUGGCAGGGUCCAAGGGGCUGA